GUGGCCACAAGUCACGGGCCCUUCUGCAAUUCUCCGCCAUUUGCUUCUUGCCAUUGAGACUGAAGUUCCCUUCCAGGAGACACUGAAAUGUGCCAUUGCCGCUGUGUGCCCACUGGAUGCGAAGGAAAGACUCACGUUUUUCUGCCUUGUAGACCUUUUCUGGAUGCCUUUGAGCAAACAGAAGAGACUUGCUGUCUACAAACGCGUUUUUGAAGCCCUUACUAUCGGUACCAAAAGGAAAGUGUCGGCGUCUCGUCUACCAGCUUAAAGAAGUUUGGAACCGGGCGUAUUCUGCCGCGGACCGUCCUCUUGCUAGGGUUUUUCUGGUACCAGCGUGUUUGCGUGUCUCCUUUUCCCCCAGUUGUGCCCGUGUCUUUCUGGUUCCCCAUUCUCCUCUGCGUGCUCUUUACAACAAACUUCCGGCUUGUCAUUUCCUCUAGGCGUUUCUCUGACGCACACCACUGGGAGUAUCCUGGCACCUCGGGGCCGGCCAGUGUUGACCUUCGCCUGUCUGGGCGUAGCCCCCAGUCCCCCCCCACCAACCGCACCUCCUUGUUUUUUUUGCAUCUGAGCAGAGGAGACGGCAAAUUCGUGGAAAUGCUUCCUAUUGUUCCGCAGAACGGACACUGUUUUGGCUGGAGCUUGUCUGACUGAACAGGAGCUUGGAAUUCCACACUCUUUCCCCGUUCCCCAUAUCGUCCGUCUCUCCGGGUGCCGCAGUCUGCCCUCAAAACGGGAUAUCGUGCCCUCACCCUGCCGUUGUUUCUGCUUUCUGCCACAGACGCUGUUUCCUAUAUGUUCCCUUGCCUUUUCUUUUGUAGUUCGUGACACCAUCGUGUGGUUUUCCCUUUUUUCUUCGUAGAAAUGCCUCGUUGUGAUCGUGGAUCCUUUUGUCUCCCGCAAAGACCAACAACGGUCACACUGGUCGUCUUCGUCCCUCUCUGUGUUGCUUCGCAGCCCUGAUCGCUUUUUCCUUUUUCCAGACGAAAUACUCCGUUUUGCGUCAUUCCUUACGAACCCUUGAUGGUUUUGCUGCUGGAAAGAACGUUUUCGGAACGCCCAUCUCCACCCCGACGUUGUCCCCAGAAUGCAAACCUCACUCGCGCCAGGCGCCAAGUGGCCGGUCUUACUCCUUGCUGCACUUGCAGCCCUUCUUCCUCACUCGGCGACGGCCCACGCGACGGCGCAGCUGCACCAGAACGUUCUCUCAACUACCGCGCGCCCCGCCCGAUGUUCUGCACAGCAUCCCGAGGUCUGCUCAUCGUCUCCAAGUGCGAAUUCUGAGGCGGAGACUUCAAAACUCUCCGCCGUCUCGAAGGCCAAGACCGGCGGCGAAGGUCCCUCUGUCUCUGCAGGCCGGGGCGACUGGGAGCGCUGUCGCGCGGCAUCGUCGUCUCUCUCCUCUCAGCGAACUCUGGGACCUGGAGUCCACUCCAGCUCUGCAUGCAAUCCCGCUGCCUCGCCUCUCCCUCCACUCGCGCUCGCUGAAGUCGAGAAGGCACCGGCCGCCGCGGCGACCGCCGCCCUCGACCUCACCACCGAGGCCCGCAGUGGCGCCGCAGCGCAGCAGGGGCGUUGGAGUUCAACUCCCCCAGCGGCUGCGCGCGCGACCGCAGGUUCCUUGACCGACGCGCCGAAGCAGGUGACGUUCAUGGAGGCGUUGGGACGAGCCGCCGCGGCCGAGGCUGCCGCACUUGGAGGGGGAGCCUGGAACUUUAACACUUGGGGUUUAGGAGCUUUUUUCGGAGGGGACGCUUCUGGACAAAAGGUUGAAAAGAAGGCGGAGAAGAACGAGGCGGAAGAGAAGGAGAAGGCUUCUUCGCUGUGGGGCGGGGAUUGGAGAGAAGCUGUGUCGGACUUUUUCGCGAAAGUCGACAAGCGCAUGGACGAAGCGAACGGAAUGCUCCACUACACAGAUUUGUACGGGUUUCUGGUGUAGGCGACACGGAGAAGCUGGGCGCUGGAGAGUCGACAGGCAGUGGCGGACGGAAAAGCUCCCAGAAUUCACUUCUUCCUCGAGUCCGAGGGUUCCUGGAGUCGGCAGACGUCCUGGUCCGUAUCAAGAGACCAAGAGCCUCCGGAGUCGCCUUCUUCGUGAGCAACUGCCUGGCUCUCUGAGCAGACUCACCGAUGUGCAGGUAUAUGGUCUGCACGCGCUUUAGCGCGCAUGCGACUAAAAAAGUUAGAAACGAGGGGACUGAGGCGCCGACUCGGUGCGAUUAAACUCAACGUCGGAGACUCGGCAGCCGAACGAGCGUUUUUGCUCUAUCGCGAAAGGUGCAUCUGUCAAAAACACGUACGAACGUCGCGUUUUCCGUGCUCUGUUCAUGCUUGCCCCGAAAUCCAGGAAACGAAAAAAAGCACUCCACAGCCAUUUUGAUCAAACGUUUGCGGCUCUUUGCGUUCACGCGACGUUUGCCUGCGUCUGCAUACUUGAGAAAAAACCAACGUCCGACCCCCCGUGCCUCAGAAUCUGUGUGUAUCCGACGAGUGGCAAGGAAUGCAUCGGGGCUUUCGCCUCUCGAGAGGAGGGGAGUGAGACGAAGCGCGAUCUUAAACGUGAUCUGACAGCCCGUCGACCGUGAAGGCUCUCGUGGAGAUGCCUCCUUUGUGUGGCAAACACCAGAGACUGGUCUUUUUUUCGAAUACAACACAAUUCUCCGGUUCUUCAAAGCAACUCUUAGGAGUGUGUCACUUCUGUGUUGUUCGUUGCUCCUGUAUUUGGAUGUGAAUUCGAGAAUACAUCUGUGACGCUUGGUACUUAAGACUCAACUAGAAACGAAAGGCCGACCUGCUGAAACGUACGCGAGUGGGCC